UGGAGGUUUUACGCUACGGGGGUUUGUAUGUGUUUGGUUAAUCUAGUGAUGGCAUGGGAUGCAACGGCGAUUUCGAUUGCGCUGCCGACUAUCGCAGCAGCUCUUCAUGGUUCGGCGAUCCAGUCUUUCUGGCUGGGCAUUUCGUUCUUCGCAGCAGCUACCGCGUUCCUGCCGCUCUUCUCGGCUUUCUCCGAUAUUUUCGGUCGCAAAGCUAUGCUGCUCACCGGACUUGCCUUUUUCACGAUCGGUUCUUUCAUCGCAGCGGUUGGUGGAAACUUCAACGCACUGCAUCUUGGCCGCUCCGUGCAAGGAAUCGGGGCCGGUGGUAUCUUCGUACUCUCGGAUCUCAUCGUCUCGGAUCUUGUCUCCUCACUAGACAAGCGCAGAUGGACCACCAUCCUUGGAACAAUGUGGGCCAUUGGCGCAGUCACGGGUCCCGCGCUAGGGGAAGCGCUUGCAGAACGCAAUCAAUGGCGCUGGAUCUUCUGGCUCAAUCUACCAUUCUGCAUCAUUGCCUUCCUCAUUCUACCCUUCUUCGCGCAACUAAAAGCCGCAACUCCGGGCUCCAUAUUCGUAAAACUGCGGGCCAUCGACUGGGUUGGAUUUCUUCUCCUGUCUGGCUCGCUUGUCUCUAUGCUUUUGGGCAUAAGUUGGGGAGGUACGCUACACACCUGGUCGAACCCCAACACCCUCUUGCCACUUCAGUUCGGACUUAUCGGUAUCGUUGUGUUUUGCGUCUGGUCCUGGUUCUCGCCGUUUCCGUCGAUAAUCAGCUUGGAUGGCUUCAUGGACCGCACCAGCCUUGCAACGUACUUCGGCACGAUGAUCCAGGGAACCAUCAUUUGCGCAUUCCUAUAUUUCAUGCCGUUCUACUUCAGCGUCGCCAAGCCUGAGCUCAGCCACUUACCCGCAGGGGUGCGCUGGUUCCCUUGGACUCUUCCGCUCGUUAUCUUCAUUCUCAUUACCUUUGUUGUCGUCAGUCGGUGGAAUACCUGGCUUCCCUCCAUAUGGCUAGGCUGGGUCCUCGUCCUGCUCGGUGUUGCGUUGACCACCAUCUACGCACGGACGUCGCCGACGGGGACCUGGGUCAGCAUAGCGAUCGUCUUGGGGUCCGGUGUGGGCAUCCUAUAUCCGAGUCUGCACACAGCUUCCGAGCUCAUCGCCGAGCAAGAAGAGGAGGACAACGGGAAGUCGAGGAGAGCGGUGACGAACUAUACCUUCUUCCAGCUUCUGGGGAAGAGUUUCGGUGUCGCUAUCGCGACUUCAGUCUUCGAAAACGAGUUCUUCAAGCAUCUAAGGAGCAACCCGCUAUUCGAAAGGUUCGCGAAGGAGUACACGACCGAUGCCGUUGCGCUGGUGACAAGGGUCCGAGCAACGACCGGUGGAGAGGGUUCCCCGAAGACGCAGAUUGCGGAUGCGUAUGUGGACUCGCUGAAGACCAUCUGGAUCUUGAUGGCUGUGCUGGCAGGCUUGGCUUUAGUGGUCAGCUGCUUCAUGAUGCCGAAGGAGUCGCGAAAGAAACAGGACGUCGAGAUGAAGAACCUGGAUGAGGGCUACGUGGUGUGA